ACAACUAGGCGUAUACUUGUUAUAAGUUUCAUUAAAAAACAAAAGUAAGGUUAUCGACAAUGGCUGGUAGUAAAAUUCCCGAUUGGGUCACUGCAGAACUAUUCGAAGAUGUUCUCAAGGCAAAUGUGGAAGGGUAUUCAAAAGUUAACAAUUUCAAGGCGGAUAUUGGAUCUGCGGCAGGGGAAAACUAUGCCACUAUAAUGCUCCGAGUUAACAUCGAAGUAGAACUACAGGAUGGCAAAACAAAACCUGUGUCUUACAUGGUCAAGCUACCCCACCAACUGGAGUUUUACCAGGAGAUGAUGAAGCGGACCAACAUAUUUGACAUCGAGCGCCUAAUGUACAACCAGGUGGUUCCUGAAAUGGAGGCUAUUUAUAAAGAAGUUGGUGUGGAUAUCACUUUCGGAGCUAAGAGCUAUGAUCUGAAGAAUGCCAAGACCGAUUAUGUGGCCCUGGAGGAUCUGGGAAUCAAGGGAUUCAAGAAUGCCAACCGCCUGGAAGGACUCGACCAAACGCACACUGAAAGAGUUCUUCGAAAGCUAGCCCAAUGGCAUGCUGCAUCCGCGGUGCGAGUGGCCACCAAGGGUCCGUAUCCUGAUAUCCUCUUACACGGCUUCUUUAAGGAGGAUUCUCGCCCAAUGAUGACCGAAAUGAUGAAAGGAAUGGGAGCCAAUUUUGUCAAAAGCUGUGUCACCUACGAAGGUUACGAAGUGUUUCUAGACAAAGUCAAAGCUCUACAGCCGGUGUUUGUCGAUAAACUCUUCGAAUUCGCCAAGGUCGAUCCCACGGAAUUCAAUGUACUUAACCACGGCGAUUCGUGGUCGAAUAAUAUAAUGUUCCAAUACGAUGCUUUUGGAAAGAUCAAGGAGGUCUAUUUGGUCGACUAUCAGAUCCCCAAAUAUGGUACCGUUGCCCAGGACCUGCUCUACUUCUUGAUUUCGUCCACAAAGCUAGAGGAUAAACUUUCCAAAUUUGAUUACUAUAUUAAGGUUUAUCAUGAGAACCUAGUAGAACACCUAGAGAUUCUAAAGUAUUCAAAGCCGAUUCCCAGUCUGCGAGACAUUCACUUGGCGCUGUUUAAAUAUGGCUUUUUCGGAUAUUCCGUGGCCACUGGUGUGAUGGCCGCCGUUCUCUUAGAUCCCACAGAUACAGCCAGUUUUGAGAACUUUAUGGGUGAGACUGAAGCGGGAGUGGAUUUCCAGAUGCAGCUUUACAACAGUCCCCGGUUCCGCAAACACAUUCAAGUGAUUAUGCCCUGGCUACUAAAUCGUGGCUCUCUGGACAUCUAAAACUGCAUACUUUCAAAUUUUACACAAUAAACACUCAACGUUGAGUCAGAAAUAAAUGCGACCGACCA